GCGGUGGGGGCGCGGGGACCCGCCGGGACGCGCUUCCUUGCAGGCGUGGCCACGGCCGCCGCGCGGAGGGGCGCGUGGGCCGCCGGCUCUAGCCGGGGCGCGGGGCUCUCAGGCCGGGGCGCAGCCGUUCGGGGCGGACGCGCCGCCUCCCUGUCCGUGCGCGCGGUCGGACUCGGGGGCCGCGGCCGCCGGGGACCCGCCAGACCGCGGGAGCCCCUGGCGCGCCCGCCCGGCCGGGCUUCGCGGAGGCAGAGGGGCUCGGGAGCGCGCGGCCGCGGACGCACGCGCGGUCGCUCCGCGGCCUCUGGCGCGAGGCUGGGCGGGGCGCUGGGGGCGGGGCCUGAGCGAGGCGGGUCCGCGCGAUUGGGCCCCAGGGCGGACCCCGCGGAGCUCUCGACGUCAAUUGGCCCGUGCCGCCCCGGAACGGCCUCCGCACUGGACAGGACAGACAUCACUCAAAGGCCCCGGUGCCGUUCAUUGGGCCGGCGCUGGAGGCGUGUCCCCCCCCCCCCGCUCGGGGACCGGGCGACUGCCCAGCGCGGCGGCCGCGGCGCGCUCUCCGAGGGAAGCCGGCUGCAUGGGGCGGCGGCGGCGCCGGGGGGGCCGGGAGCACGCGGUCGGGGCCCUGCCCGAGGCCAUCGCCGCGCUGAGUCGGACGCUGCCCGCCGGGCCCAGCCCCGAGAUCUUCCGCCGCGCCAAGUUCGACCGUCCGGAGGCGGCCCCGGCGCUCUGGCAGCUGCUCUUCCGCGCGCUCUCGCCGCCGGCGGCCGCCGGCGCCCGGGCCUCCCCUGCCCUCGGGGCCCAAGUCCGCCUGGUGAAGUCGGCGCUGUGCUCCCAGGGCUACCCCAGGCGGGUGCUGGCCCAGCUCCCUGAGGACGGCUCCCAGGGCAGCCGUGAGCUUCUGCUGGCGCUGGCCUGGCUGCUGGCCCGUGGGCCCCUGCUGGAACACCUGCUGGCCCGGACUCGCGUGUGGCUGGGUGAUGAGAUACCCCUGUGCCAGUAUGAAGCCCUGGCCAGUCCUGGCCCACCUGCACCCUGCCAAGAAGCAGAUGGCCCUGUGGACAUACGCCACUUGCAGUGGCUGAUGGGAAAGCUGCGCUUCCGGUGGCGAGACCUGAUCACCAGUCAGCAAGAGCUGUGUGCCCUUCUGGGCAAGAUCCACUCCUAUACUCGCGGCUGCCACAGUGACCGCAGCCUUGACCACCUGUCUGUUGCUGAGAUCGAGCUGCUCAGGGACCCAGAGGGUGGCCGGCAGCUGCUUCAGAGGCUGGAGAGUGAGAACACACGCCUGGAGGCCGCCCUGGAGUGGCGGUGUCGGGAGCUGGUCUUCUGGCAGUGGAUGGAUACGGUCCUGGGCAGCUGCCCCCUGGAAGCCUCACCGGCCACGUUUCUGCCCAGGGACCCCGCGUCGGGACCUGGCGAGUUGGAGCUGGUGGCCCGGGAGCUACGGGGCCUGCAUGGGGAGUUGCAGGGGGCUGCGGAGCCCCGGCGGGCGGCCUGGGAGGCCAAGGCUGGAGGCUGCGGGCCGGAGUGGAGCGCUGCGCAGCGGGCCACACAGGAGGCUGUGGGACAGGACCUGGCAGCUCUGCAGCGGGCCUGGGAGCAAGGUGGGGCCCCGGCGCAGCCCCACAGGCCCUGCAGGCUGGUGAAGAGGGACGCCAGAGCCGUGGAGGGCUCAGGCCUGCGGGCUGCCGAGCUGACUGGGGCGCUGAGGAUCCGGGAAAGCCGCCUGGAGGCUGCGCUGGGCCGGCUGCAGACACGGUGUCAGCAGGAGCUGGCCAGGCUGGCGGGAGCUGAGCCCGGCCUCAUCUGGAUCCUGCCGCCUGGUCGCUGAGGGCAGGGGGCCGUGUCCUGCUGGAGGGGCACCGGCCCUGACGCCCUGAGCAGCCUCGGAGGAGCAGGUUUCCGGUGGCCCCAGGGAUGCUGCAGACACGACCCCUUGGGCUGCUUGCCCUAAACUCUGGCCCAUCCCUGCUUUGGGACAUAGUGGAGGCAGACAGGACAGGUGUCUGUGGGCGUUCAGGAUCAGGAGAGUAUGCAGAAAUAAGCUGUGGAGGCCUCCAUGCAGGGGUGAGGCCCUGUCCUGGUCCCCCCUCAGCCAGCCCUCCAGGUUCCCGUCUGGGGAGGGUCAGGUCUGUGCUCAGGCCCAGGAAACGGGACCCUGGGUAGUGAGGCCCAAAGGAGGGCUAGUCCUGGGCUGCCCUGGAGCUGGAGGGUCAGGCACGGCCUGAAGCACGGACUGGGCCUCAGGGUCCUGGAGGAGCGGACAGCCCUGGAUGUCUCAUCCACACUGCGUCCCACCUUGUGCCCGGGCCUGGUGUGUGUGCGUGUGUUGGGCAGGGAUGCUGGCCGGGAGCCUGGGGGUGGGAGAUGCUGUUCCUUUCCUGGGGGCGGUGCUGGGGGUGAGGGGGAGGCCACUGUGGACAGAGGGGGCUUUGUUCGUGGGACUGUUCGGGGAGCUGGGCUCGGCCCUGACAAAGAGCCAUCUGUCUGGGUGAUGUGCCCCCAGCUCGCCGGAACAGGCCCCUCCAUCCCAGGGGCUCAGCCUUUCACACCCCUCACCCAGCAGGCACAGACGGCCUCGCCCUGCCCCUCUCAGCCGGGACAGCUGAACCCCAGCCCGCUGCUAGGCAGGUGCGGGGCCUGUCGGCUGCUGCCAGCCGGGUCGGGCCUGAGGACGCUCUCACAGUCCGGGUCCCCACGGGACGUUCGCUCGUUGGCUUUGCCCGCUUGGCCGGGCUGUGCUGGAGCACCGCACUGGUCUCGGCGCCCCCGACCCGGCCCUCAUCCCUCGGGGGGACACCCGGUGCUCCCUCUGCACUGGUCAGACCAGGCAGACUGGUCAGGAGGGCAUUCCUGACCCCCUCCUCACGGGCCUGGCCCCUGCAGUCUCUGGGCCGGGGCCCUUCCCUCCCACCACAGCCCCCUUCCAGCCCCUUGUCAGAGUUCCAGCUGUGGUCCAGGGCUCACGGGGCCUCGACCGUCUGCCCGCCGUCCUCUGAGUGUGUGGAGUCCCUUUUGGACUCCCUGCAGCCGACCCCUCUGCCUGCCAUGCUCUCAGCUGUCCUGACCGCCGGUGGGACCCUCCUCAUCUGGGAAGCAAGCCCUCUCAAAGGUCCCUGCCUUCUGGGGACUGCCCUUGAGCCAGGACCCCCGUGGGCCCCCGGGAGCUCAAUGUGUAGAAGCCAGAGGCACGCUCAGUUCUAUGGGGCUGCCCGUGGUCAGACUGACCUGUGGAUCCAAUACAAGCCCGCUCAAAACCC